AUAUAUCAAAAUUGAUUCAUCACUAAAAGGGAAUGUCAAAAAUGAUUAAUAUAUUGUUAUUGGUUGUGUCUUUGGUGACCAUUAUUACUGCUGAGAGAGAUCAUGGUAUGCAGAGAGGGUUGAAAGAAGAAGAUUUGGAAUUGGAGAGGCAACUAAACAUCCUUAACAAGCCUCCCAUAAAGAGUAUUAAUACAAAGUCAGGAUAUAUAGUUGAUUGUGUUGAUAUUAACAAACAACCAGCUUUUGAUCAUCCUUUGUUAAAAAAUCACAAAUUACAGAUAAAACCAAUUUUUGAAAGAAACGUCACAGAAACUAGAGUUUGGAAUUCACCGAUCAAACCUAAGUCUAUAUUCAUACUUGAGAAAGUUAAGUGUCCUGAAGGAACGGUACCUAUUCGGAGGACAACGAAAAAAGAUUUAAUUCAAAAAAAAUCUUUAUUCACGAGUCAUAAUCUAACUGAAAAUGACUCCAUUAAUCAUUUUGCUCGUUUGUAUCUUUCAUUAUUGGGUUCUCCCUAUUAUGGAGUUAGUGGAAUUACUAGUGUUUGGAAUCCAAAAAUUUAUAAAGGUCAAUCAAGCUCCGCUAAUUUAUAUGUUCAAAGAGGAGAAGGAGAUAAUCUUAAUAAAAUUUCAAUUGGAUGGCAUGUGUCUCCACAACUAUAUAAUGACGAUCAAACACAUCUAUACAUGUUUUGGGCGUCAGGUAAUAAAGGAUGCUUUAAUAUGCUGUGCAAAGGUUUCAUUCAGAUUGAUAAAUCAUACAUCUUUGGUACGCGUAUAUCUAAUACAUCUACCUAUGGAGGAAAGAUUAUUGAUUUGCCGCUUCAAAUUUCUCGGGAUAAUGUAGGCAAUUGGUGGUUAAAAGUUGUAGAUAGGGAUAUUGGAUAUUUUCCCAAAGCUUUAUUCUCCUCAUUGGACCACGGAGCCCGAGAAGCAGGAUUUGGUGGAUAUACUACAACUCCUGCUGGUACUACUAGUCCUGCAAUGGGUUCCGGAUACAUGCCUGAUAAAGACUUCUCACAUGCAUCUUAUUUUAAAUUUGUAAAAUAUCUCAAUAUAGUUAGAACUCCUGAUGAUCCUAUACCGUUUAUGGUAGAAAGUUACAAUGAUGCUCCUAAUUGCUAUGGACUUACAAACUUCAAAGAUGAAAUAAAAAGUUUUGGAUAUUCUUUUCAAUUUGGAGGACCUGGUGGUAAAUGUAAUACUUAAUUAUUGUAAGUAAGUUUUGAUUAUAUGUAAUAAAGAUUUUUAAUGA